AUGAGCUCAACAUCAGACGCGCUCCUCAUUCUCCGGCAGGCAGUAAAAUCUAAAGAGCCAAUUUCAUUUUCGAACAAGGAUGGCCCUUGUACGUCCCUUCUCAAUGCCACACACCUCGUCAUAUCGGGAACAUCCCUGCCGAAGUCCAGUCCAACUCGCUAUAGGAAACCGGGCGCGGCUCCCUCAGAUUUCUACUCCAUCGAAGCUAUUUAUCUAGCUUGGCUACUCAGAGAUGCACCUGGAGCCGAGUACAUGAAGCAGGCACGAGAACAUGGGCUGGCUGUUGGUUUCGUCAGUGUGACAGAGAGGAAGUCUGUUGUAGAUUGGCUUGAAGACAAAAUCUCCGGUCAUGAACGCAUUGCACCAUUAUCAUCAGCGGAACCCUCUGGUACUCCUCCCGGCACACCUCCACGGCCGACGGGCCAAGGUUUGCCAACUACGCCUCGAAAUAGGACACAUGCUGCCGAAUCGCCUCCAAAACGUCGAUAUGUCGCGGAUUCGCAUGACAUUGAAGUUGUUAAGAAGAUCAGGCAGAAUGAGGUGGAGCUAAAGGACCGAAAUACAGUCCUCCGUGGAAUCAAGCCAAAUAACUUCUCCGCUGUCCGAACGGCAUAUUCUGAGAAGCUGAAGAAACUAAAAGAGGCGAGCAGAUCUGGUGGUGCAAGUUCGCAUACCACUGCUCCCACAACGAUGGAUGCAAAGCUGCUUGCCCGCAAAGCUCGACACAAUUACCCCAUCAUUAUGAUAUCAUCCUCUCCUACCGCCCUCAUUACUAUGCAUAACGUCAAAAAGUUCCUCCAAGAAUCCACCUUCGAGCCCUCUCAAGAAGCUCGUGCGCAUGCUGCUGCUGAAGGCAACACCCGCCCUGAAGACAUGAUCCCCAUCUACCGGAAACGUACAACCAUUGACUCCAGCGGGAAAGAAACAGAGACGCAAGCGCGAUACUUUAUCGUCGACAGUGUGGAAGCGCUGCAGAAAUUUGGCGCGGACGCCUGGGAUCGGGUUGUAUGUGUGAUGACGACGGGCCAGGCGUGGCAGUUCAGGCCCUACAAAUGGAACGAGCCUAGACAACUCUUCCAUCAUGUAAAAGGCAUCUACGUGACGUGGUCAAAUGAUCCACCAAAUCCGAAAACCAAAGACUGGAAUGUUACGGAACUCAAGAUUGACCCUCACCGAAGACAUGUUGACAAGUCGGUUGUGGCGCAUUUCUGGAAGACAUUGGACACUUGGAUACAGGCCAACAAGCCCUCAUUAAUGGCUUAG